CGAUGUGCAGUGAAGUUUACUUUCGAAUCAAGGCUAUUAAGUCGCCUGGAACGGUGAUGGUCCUUUUUCAGUCUGCGGACUUAGCUUGAAGGGGUUGGACCAAUGGCGGCGGCUGAGGGCUACGAGGAUCACCUGGCACGGACCUUCUCCACUGGAGACUUCCUGGCGCGACUGCAGCGGAUGGAUACCUGCGCGCUGUGUGAUGCCAGCGACAAGAAGGCCCGGGUCAUCACCAGCGUUCGACCCUUGAAGCCAGGCUACCACAUGGUGGGCCGCGCGCGGACGGUCGAGGUGGAUGGCGAUUUCUUGGAAGUCCUCGUGGCACUGCGAGAGGCGCAACCAGGGGAGGUCAUUAUGAUCGACGCUGGCCUGCGGAGAGGCGACGAGGUCUGGCCGCAGACGGGCGGCCUCUUCGGGGAGCUCUUGGCCAACGAGGCGCAGCGCCGCCGCUUGAGCGGCCUGGUCAUCGACGGCAACUGCCGCGACACCCCCUUGCUGCGGCAGAUGUCGUUGCCCAUCUACCACCGCGGGCAGCACCCAAAUGCCGGCACAGCCAAGAAGCGUGGACGCUCCCAGGUAGAGAUUCAGAUGGGAGGCGUCUCCAUCCAGCCGGGCGACUUUGUGUUGGGCGACGACGACGGCCUUGUGGUGUGCUCGGAGGAGGAGCUGAGUGGGUGGCUGCACAAGGCAGAGGAAACCCAAGAGUUGGAGGGAGAGAUUCUGGCGCACAUACAGGCCGGUGGAAGCUUGUUUGAGAAGCUUAAAAAUUUGGAGGAGCAUCUGGAAGAUUUGAAGGCUGGGAAACCUUCUACCUUGAAGUUCCGCUCCUGAGCCGCCCCAGUGCCGCUCCUCCACCGAGCGAAGAGAGACCGGCGCAGCAGUCCGGCCGAGACACGAGCUGCUCCGUGGAUGGGUCGCCCAAUUGGAACCCGGUGGAAGCUGUGAAGACCUAGUCGUGCUGAAGAGC